AUGCGGUGUUUCAGAUCAUGGCUACGGUGUCUGAUGGUGGUGAGGGAGGCGAAGGCUAGUAUUGGCUGGGAUGAGUCGUUGGAUUGCAGUGGGUAUCAAUGGACCGUAAAAGCCAGCUUGGCAAUCUGUCAUCUUCCAAAUCUGAAGAUCUUGGAACUUGAUACAUUGGAUAACCUAAUCAUGACACCAGAUUUUGAUAGAAUUCCAAAUCUUGAAAGACUCAUUCUUCGUGGAUGCAAGAGUUUAAAAAAGAUUCAUCCAUCGAUUGGAAACUUGGAAAGGCUCAUUUUCCUGUCUAUAGAAUUUUGUUCCGGUCUUAAGAUAUUUCCACCGAUUAGGCGACUAAAGAAACUCGAGACCCUUUCAUUACCAGAUUGCCCCGAACUUUUUAAUCUCUCAGGGAUCCAACAGAAAAAGAACGGUUUACUGCAUCUUCAUUCGAAUAUUAAUGGGAAAGAAGUUGCAUCCUACAAAAAGUAUUCUUCAAACUUUGUCGUUACUUGGUGGACGUGUGGUGACACAAAAAUUAGAAACCCAGUAGAGGACCUGAUUGAUGUAGAAGAAUGUUGUUUAGAGGAGCCUUGUUUACCUCACAACAACAAUACAGUGUUAUGGUUUUUUCCCAGAGGGUUAAGAAAGUUAAAUCUCCAGAACUGCAAUCUGGGAGAUAAAGACAUCGACUCUGCUGUUUGGGAGUUUCCCAACUUGGAAGAACUCAAUCUAAAAGAAAAUAAGUUUUCAAGAUUAAAUUUUAGUCAAUGGCGACUUCCUCAGCUCAAAUGGCUGGACGUGUCAUUGUGCCGAUUACUUGUAGAAUUGUCAGAGCUGCCAUCAGAUAUAGCUGUUAUUAUAGCAGAUUAUUGUAGCUCACUUGAAAGCUUUGGAGAUAUUUCAAACUGUAAGUGGUUGUGGAAAGUCUCAUUGUGUGGGUACAACAAACUUGGUCCACUUGGUGAAAUAUUACUAGACUCCAUGCUCCAGGGAAAUGCUCUUGAAGAUCACUUUAUCAGUGUCAAUUUUGGACAUACGAUGAUUCCAAGGGGGUUUAUUGGUAGGCUGUUUAAGGGGACAACAUUUACAUUGUGUCUUCCAUAUGAUUGGUACAAUGACUUUUCUGGGUUCUUAAUAUGCAUUCUUACCAACGCAAUGCAUCCGCGUAUAAAUAUAAUCAUCAGCCAGGAGGUAGAUGAAGAUAGUCUACUGGUGCUUUGGCAGGAGUCUAGUGAAGUAUCAGAUCCUAAAUAUAUGCGAAGCGUCUGA